GGGAAAUAUUGCUUCCAAGGUCAGGGAGCUAUUUACUUCAACAUAAAGUUGUAAGAGAUCGUCAGUCGAUUUUCAACCGUUUAGCAUCCAAGAUGCCAAUGCAAUUGUCUCUAUUUAAUGUCGUCGUCGACGUCAUUCUCUGCCGAACCAGAUUCGAUAAAAUCGCCGUCAUCUACCAGGAUUAUUAUUUUCACCAUAAUCGUAAAUACAAGAAUGUCGACUAUUGGUGUUGUUCUCGACGUGGAUGUAACGUUCGUUUGAUCAGCGUCUGUGUCAAUCACGAAACUGGAGAGAUGAAGUUUUCUCGUCGCAGUACAAAUUUUCAACACCAACAUCUGCCAAAUGGACCAAAUUUGAUCGGCAAAGAAUUUCGUCGCCAGUUACUUGUUCAAUUGGACAAUGUUGUAGCCGAUUCGGGAGAAAUUCAACCGGCCACUUCUGCUUCCGUCUAUGAAGAACUCCGUCGGCAGGUUAUCAAAGGUGGUGUCCCUGAACCGCUGAUUCCUUCCUUCAGGUGUGUCCGCAGUACAAUUUAUCGUUACCGUCAAAACCGUAAACUACUUGAGACAUCAAGAAAUUUGGAUUCCGACAAAGAAAACAGAGAAGAAAAUAAUUUAGUUUCAAUGGAAGAAUUAUCUACUAGUCUUGACUCAUCUCCACAUCCAGAAUCUUUGAGAGUCUUAUCGUGUGAAGAGUCAGUUUAUUGGUCAGAUCCUGAACAGACGGAGCCUUUGUGUUUGGUGACGAGGAAAAAUAAUAAUAUCCCUUCAGAUCUACCAGAAUCGUAAGCACGAAAAUAUUUGCACAGCAAACAUGUGACCACUUCUUUUAAAGCCCUUCGGAUAAGUUUUAAGUUCAUUUGGUCCAGUGUUUAUCCCUCAUAAUCUAAUUGUUUGUUCCAGUAAUUUACCACCGAAUUAUUUGCUAACUUACCUUAUGUUAAGCCAGUCAUAUGUUUUACAGUUCUGUGCGGCAAUAUGGAUGCCAAGUACCUACGUUUAGUCGUUUACCCAUUUUGCUCUUGGCUGUUUAAAGCUGAAUUUCCCUUACGUCAUUCCUGAUUCGUAUGAUCAAGAGAAAUAACACAGCGGUGAUAAUCUUGUUUA